AUGUCUGCAGAAGAAUAUUCGAACCUCAGGCAGCAGAUAUUGAACCUGGAGUUCGAACGAGAUGAUUUGGUCCAAAAGGUCGAUGAGCUCAAAAAACGCAAACUUGAACUAACUGGUGAGAAUCAGUUCAACUUACAAGGAUAUCUUCAAACAUGUCAGCUACUACAAGAACACUCCAAUCUGCCGUCAGUCGACAUGGACAGGCGACUCCAACUCAUCAAAAUGUUUUACCCGCAUAUGGUUAUCUCUGAUGUCCAGCAAGGGCCAGGGGAGUUUACAUUUACUAUAAAUUUCAAAUACUAUUUGGAGUUCAGGGUAGCUGUUGAGUUUUCACAAGAGAGAGUCGAAAAUCUCGAGAUCGCAAAAUCGAAGCACUCAAUUGUGAGCGAGAUGGCAGAAAUCAACAAGCUAAUCAGGCUAUGUUGUGCCAAAAAAGACUUGUCGCUUUUCAUCUAUGCAACUAAUUCAUAUAUUAAUUUAGCAAAGCGCAGAUUGAAAGUCUGGACACAGCUAUUUGAUAGCCUUGGUGCGGAAUACAAUGUGAAUGAUAUCUCUGCAAGUUUGCAAAACGACAGACUAGCUGUGUUUGCUCGAUUUAAAAACUGCCAGAUUGUGACUAUUGCCAAAGACGGCAAGCAGUUGACAGUCAACUGGAAACUUGCGUUUGACAGUGACGACGCCGAAUUUGUCGGCGAGUUCCAAUCCAGAUUGGAGUGCAUGUAUACCGAUGGCGAGAGUAGCAUCGACCUUGACGACACGUUCAAUGUCUUGGUGAAGGUGGACGGCAUAGCAAGCGCAAUAGGUCAUCUUCUGAAAAACCUCCUGCACUAG